AUGGCUGGUAGCAAUUACUUAUCCGACUUGAUUGCCCAUCAACAAGACCCAAAUUCUCAAUAUCUACAGAAGUCUCUUCCUCCAGCUGCGCAGAAGCGCCAUGAAACUCCAAAACUUGAACGUCUCAUCAAACGUCAAGAUGAAUCUGGAUUUUCUUGGAAUGAUUUCCCAGACAAUCUCAAAAAUGCAGGCGUGACAGAGACUGAGAAUGGUGAUCCACAAAUCUCGGAUUCUUUGGAACAAAGCGUUAACAACAUUGCACUUGAGGAUGAGAACACUGCCCCUGGGGACGAGAAUACAGCCUCCGGGGACCAAAAGAUACCCACGGGGACCCAAGUAGCAGGUUAUACGGAGGGAGAGAACGGGCGCCGCUAUCCUAUUUAUCAUGCAUCUGACGGUCACCGUUAUACAGGUGAUAUAGUACCGGACGACUUCUUUCGAAGGGAGGGGUCUUGGACCACUUCACCUCGUCAACCCCUAGAUAUUCCCCCAGGGAUAUCCGUGGGUGAAGGCUUGGACAAUUGGCUUAAGGAGCGUAUUAAAAAUCUUCCGGGGACUAUUGUCAGACCCACGACACCGCGAGAGGAAGUGCAUCAAAAUUUAAUCAAUAACGGCAACUUUUGUGACGGGUUCAAUGCACAUUGGGCAGAAACCGCCCGCGCCAGAACUCCUAGGCCUGGUAAAUUUGGAAAAGGUCGUUCCUAA